CCACCCACACCCCCACCCACCCCCACACCCACGCCCACACCCACACCCACACCCACACCCACACCCACACCCACAUCCACACCCACACCCACACCCACAUCCACACCCAUGCCCACAUCCACACCCACACCCACAUCCACACUCACACUCACACCCACACCCAUGCCCACACCCACACCCAUACCCACACCCACACUGACACCCUCACCCACACCCACACGCACCACGACACUCCCACCAACGCCCACACCCACAACACACCCACACCCACGCUCCCACACCCACAACACACCCACGCUCCCACACCCACACCCUCUAGCCACACCCACACUCCCACUCACACCCACACCCCACAUCCACCCUAAUAAGAUGUUUUUGUUAUGGAAUAAAGCUCUAACACACGAUAAUUUACAAAUGUGGAUAACUGUUUCAGUCAAUGCUAGCAAUAUUUCGGUACAAGAUGGUUAUAUUGGUUUCUGCUAAUUCUGUGAUUUGAAUUUCUACACAAGGAUGGACUGUUAGGUCCAAUAGUUAAAACACAAAAUUGGUUCAGUAUGUUUGAAUACAUAAUGAACUCUGAUAAGAUUAUGUUUAGUUGUUUAUCAGGUCCAAAGUUUCAAUUUACACGAAAAAGAAGUUCUUUUACAUACAAGUAAACCAUACUAAAAAAGUGUUGAUCAUAAAUUUAUAUGAAUAUGACUUCAAUGACACGUUUUUUUUUCUUUCUGUUUUUUUUUUGCUUACUGUUUUUUUUGCUUUUUGUUUUUCACUCUUAUAGUAGUACCCUGAAGAUAACCUUGCAAAAAAUAACAUAUUUGCUUCUCUAACCAUCAUUUUGUUAACUUUAUGACGUUUAUUUCGCACAAAUAGUCAACUGCAACAAUGACAGACACAUGUGCUAUAUGUAUUACAAAGACAGGCGUUUUAAAAUGUCAAGGAUGUCAAGUUAUAUUUUGUAGUAACGAUUAUAAUUUACAUCGAACUGAACUUGAUCGACAGCUUGAUGGGUUUGCAAAUGAAAUAAAUAUAUUUCGGGAUAUGUCAAGCGAGGCAAGUACCAGCUUGAAAUCGCUUUUGAUUGAUCAAAUUGAUACUUGGGAAAUGAAAUCAAUUCAAAGGAUAAAAGAAACAGCAGAAGAAGCACGUCAGCAAGUUCGAACAUUUAUUUCCUCGACAAAUGAAGAAAAUUCAGCAUAUACUCGUGAAAUAGCUGAACAGUUACAACGAACUCAACAAAAUCAUGAUUUCGAUGAACGAGAUUUGAUGAAAUGGAAAGCAAGACUCGAUGAACUCACACUAAGUAUUACAAAACCAAAUAUAUCUGUUGAUGAGCAACAAUCAGAGAAUCCUUUCAUAACGAAAAUUUUUGUCAACGAAAAGGAUCACUUUGAACAAAUUUGUGGACUUGUAUGUAUUGAAGAAGACGGCCAUCUAGCUCGUCACAAAUUCAAUCUCUUCGGAGGUUGUGGUGAAAUUCGUGGAAAAAGACAAUAUAGUAUUGGUAUUCAUCGGAUUCGAUUCAAAAUUGAGCAGCUUGAUGCACAGCCAUGGUGGUUUCUUGGGAUUAUCUCAAAAUCAACACCUAUGCAACAAAAUUCUCAAAAUUCACCUUCAGCGUAUGGUUGGGCUGGUCAUAGUGAAGUAUACAUGAAUGGACAAUGUUUAAAGAAUACGAAUGGAUAUAUCAGCGAGUAUUCAAAAGGAGAUAUAAUUGAACUUAUUCUUGACUGUGAUCAUCGUCUAAUACGUAUGAUUAAUAUUCGUUCAAUGAAGUCUUAUGAAACAAACGUUGAUCUUUCACAAUGUCCCUUCCCUUGGAUGAUUCAUUUAAAUUUAUUUCAUAUGCAAACUCGUAUAAGAAUCAAUCCGUAA